UUCUGAUGAAAUCUGUUCGAGAUCAAGUGGAAGAYCAAGCUUAAAUCUCGGAAAGAAAAAGCUCAAUUUCGUCCAUUCAUUUGCAGUGUUCUURCUAAAGAGUCAUGCCGACUGUUGAUAUACAGAAAGAACUACUUUUCAAAGCACUUGGGAGGACAUACACUGAUGAAGAAUUUGAUGAGCUCUGCUUUGAAUUUGGUCUAGAACUUGAUGAUGUGGUCACAGAGACACUAGAGGAAGAAGGAGAAAAGCCAAGAGAUGUAGUGAUAUAUAAGAUAGAUGUCCCUGCUAACAGGUAUGAUCUUUUGUGCCUGGAAGGACUUUCUAGAGGAAUAUUGGUGUUCCUUGGAAAAUUGCAAGCUCCACGCUACAAAGCUGUCAAACCUGAGGGAGCAAUGGAAAGACUAAAAAUAUCAAAGAAUACAGCACAAGUAAGGCCACAUUGUGUUGCUGCCAUCCUGAGGAAUAUCAMYUUYACRAAGGCAAGCUAUAACAGUUUCAUAGAUCUUCAAGACAAACUUCAUCAUAAUCUGUGUCGCCGGAGAACCCUGGUUGCUAUAGGAACACAUGAUUAUGAUACCCUCAAAGGACCUUUCCUUUUCGAUGCUCGYCCUCCACAAGACAUCAAGUUCAUACCUCUGAACCAGACAAAGGAGUUUACUGCAGCAGAACAGAUGGAACUGUACUCUGGUGAGAGUCAUCUGAAACAGUAUCUUGGAAUCAUCAAAGACAAGCCUGUCUAUCCUGUCAUCUAUGACAGCAACAAUGUUGUACUGUCUAUGCCUCCAAUUAUCAAUGGGGAGCACUCAAAGAUCACACUGAAUACAAAAAAUGUCUUCAUAGAAAGCACAGCAACAGACCUACAUAAGGCUAAAAUAGUCCUUGACAUCUUGGUGACUAUGUUCAGUGUCUAUUGUAAAGAGCCAUUUGUUGUGGAAUCUGUAGAAGUUGAACAGCCUGAUGGAUCGGUCAUUGUGUAUCCAGAGCUGAAAUAUCGACAUGAAAUAGUACCUGUGGAAGAAAUUAAUAAAAAAGUAGGAAUAAGYGAAACAGCAGAAAAAUUGGCUGAACUUCUAACAAAAAUGUGUCUYAAGAGUGAAGUUACAGAAGAUGGCAAGAAUGUCAAAGUUGAAGUCCCACCAACAAGAGCAGAUGUAAUUCAUGCCUGUGACGUCAUUGAAGAUGCUGCGAUAGCAUACGGCUUCAAUAACAUUGUUAAAUCAAUCCCAUCAACCCUCACUAUUGGUAACCAGUUCAAGUUGAACACAAUAUGCGACCUACUAAGACAAGAAAUUGCCCAAGCUGGCUUUACAGAAGUCUUGACUUUUGCAUUGUGUUCUCGUGRYGAUAUUUCAGAGAAACUCAAGAAACCUCUGAGUGAGACUCGUGCCGUUCACAUCAGUAACCCAAAGACUCUCGAAUUCCAGGUUGCUAGGACAACGCUGUUGCCAGGACUGCUGAAGACUGUCAGCUGCAAUAAAAAGAUGCCAUUACCCAUAAAGCUGUUCGAGAUGUCCGAUGUAGUUCAUAAGGAUGACGUAAAAGAUGUCGGAGCGCGUAACAAUCGACGCCUUUGCGCWGUGAACUACAACAAGACACCAGGUUUUGAGGUAAUUCACGGUUUGUUGGAUCGUACAAUGCAGUUAUUGGAAAUCAAACCAACGGUGGACAAAACCGCUGACCCUAACGAAGGCUAUCAUCUCAGACCACACGACGAUCCCACAUUCUUCCCUGGUCGCUGUGGUCARAUAUUCGUCAAUGGUAAACCCGUUGGAAUCAUGGGAGUUCUACAUCCUGACGUCAUCGCUAAAUUUGACCUUAACUUGCCAUGCGCCGCCCUUGAAGUCGACAUCGAGGCUCUCACUUGAGCAAACCGCUGAAUCAAUAAUAAUUGAAAAUAAAUAUCCAUCUUUCUCAAGGAAUAUCACAUAAUUUUAGGCUUCUACUUCUAAAUUAGGCAAAUGUUGUAAUUAUUGUUUUUUGUCAUUGUUUUAAGAAACAACUUCGUGAAAAGGGAAUUAAAUGUCGUGCUAAAACCGCC